AUGAACUCUAUAAAUCAACCUUCCAUAAUUCCACCUUCCAUUAAAUGGGGCGUGAUUGGAACAGGAAAAAUAGCUGAAGACUUUUGCAUUGCAGUGCAGCUGUCAGGUCUCAACCAUAUUGUACUGGCGGUAGCAUCGAGGUCUCUAGACAGUGCAAAAAAAUUCGCAUCCAAGUUCGAUAUCAAAAUUUGUUACGACAGAUAUGUUGAUCUUUAUUUAAACGCGGAUAUUGAUGUGGUUUAUAUAGGAACAGUUACCUCAAGCCACUAUCAAUGCACUCUGCAGGCUUUGCAAAAUGGUAAACCAAUUCUUUGUGAAAAACCUCUGACGACAAGUCUAUUUCAAUGUAAACAAUUAUUAGAUUACGCAAAAUCUAAAAAUUUAUUGCUCGUCGAAGGUCUUUGGUCUAGAUUUCUUCCUACCUAUGACAUAUUAAAUAAAGCAUUGGUCAAUAAAACUAUUGGAAAAAUUACAGAAUUAAGAGUUAAUUUUGGUAAAAAAUUUGAUUGGAAUUCAUCUGUUCAAAUAACUAAGAAAGACUUGGGGGGAGGUACAACACUUGGAUUGGGUUGCUAUGCUCUUCACCUUGCUUGCAUAGUUUUCAAUUCAGAAAAACCCAAAGAAGUUACAGCUUCGGGAAACCUGAACAAAAAUGGUUUAGACGAAAAAGUUGAAAUAAAAUUGGUUUACGCUAAUGAUCAAACCGCUUUAAUUUCUUUGAGUACCAUUUGUGACUACCAAAAUGAUGCAGUUAUCAGUGGAAGUAAAGGAUCGAUAAUAUUAAAGGACUUUUGGUGUUGCGAAACAAUCAUUAUUUGUGGAAAACCAUCUACUAAAAAAAUGCCAAAUGAUCAUGUGGCAACAAAUUAUCCAAAAACAAUCGGCUUUGUCUAUGAAAUAGAGCAGAUUGGAAAGUGUUUAAAUAAAAAGGAAAUUGAAGCGCCUCAAGCGAGACACUGCGAUAGUCUGCUCGUUGCUGAAAUUUCAGAUGAAAUAUUCAACCAGCUUGGAAUAUGUUAUACAUAA